CAAGGGCUGAACUAUCCACCCCACCUCUAUCACACGGACACCAACCUGCGAAAAGGAUAUAGCUACCAACCGCGGGUUAAAGCCAUUACGAAUCAUGAUUAUAUGAGCAUGACAACCGCUAUUUUUCGGUCUUCGAACCUAGGUUUGCCAGCUCUAUGAAUGGUGGGUAAACUACAAGUGCUGAUGUUCUUCUGCACACUGUACAUGUACAUGUACCCUGUACAUUUGCAUACAAAGAAGCAGUUGUUGAUAAGCUGCGCGGUUUCCAUCUAACAAUACUAGCCUCGCAGAUUCUAGGGGAGAGGGUAUUGUUAUACAUCACUUCCAUUCAAAGUACAGUACAUGAAUCGGAUGGAAAAUAGCAUUGAUGUCAAUGCCGCGUUUGCACGGAAUUCGAGGUCCUAUUGACGAGUCUUGAAGAGGGUAGUCGCAUCGAUGGCGGAAGAGUAUAUAUAUUCGACUGUUCCUGGAGCGUUCUGCUGGUGGAUAUCAUCCCCUUCUCUUGAAAGCCUUCUCCUGGACAAGUUUCUCUAGCACUCUGCCAUAUUAUCUUUGUACUCUAUAUACCAUUCCGGUACCGAUCCGUUAGCAAUGGGUUCACAUAGUGAUGCCGAUAGAUAUCUCCUAAUCAGAACGAAGGCAGAAAGCGAAAGGCUAGAUACUCAACAUGAAGCCUUUAGGGAAAGCAUGGGGUUUCUGCUGCACCCUGCAAUUCCACAGCAUGACCAUAUGCGUAUAGCAGAUGUUGGAACAGGGACAGGGCACGAUAAAUUUUCCCAUUAUAGCUGCUAGUGUUCAAAGAAGGGAGUUCUGAUUUGCAUUGCUGGUUUUGUAUAGGGUCUGGUUGCGAGACUUAGCAGGGAGGCUCCCGAAAACCUGCAGGUUUGAUGGCUUCGACAUCUCGAUGGACCAAGUGCCAGAUAGACCACUAUUCCCCACAGACAUAAACUAUUAUACGCAGGAUAUGCUGGAGCCUUUUCCGGCCGAAUUCCGAGGGCAGUAUGAUGCGGUUCAUGUCCGGCUUUUGGUUAUGGGCCUGAAGGCAGGGGAAUGGGAACUUGUAAUUCGCAACUUGAUAACAUUGCUUCGUCCUGGAGGGUACUUGCAAUGGACUGAUAUUGCGGUGCUAGACGGCGUUGUCAUACCGGGUGUGCUCGGCUGUAACGUAGAUGACGCAAAUAGAUUCCUGAAUCAAUUCAAACAAAUCGUGAGCAGUCAUGGGAAAUCUGGAAAGAGCGUGACUGAGCUCUUCCCUCAUUUCAAAAAAUGCGGCCUCAAGGAUUGCAGAAAAGACAUUGCCCCACUUGAUAAACCCGAAUAUAAAGAUAUGUUGAACGCUAAUUACGUCAAGGCUAUUUCGCAUAUCUUGCAAGCUUCCCUUCAGCCAAGCCAAGGUUGCCGCGACGCACUCUCGAUGGAUCAAAUUCUCGAUUAGGGAAAUUGACGCUGAAGAAUCUCCAAGAGACCAAUUCCUCAUUGCGUUUCAGCUUGCAUGUUGUGAUUGGGAGACGUGAGUAGAAGGGUGAUAGAUAUUGUAGAGGAAUCAACAUUGUUAUCAUUAUAAUUCAUGUACUCU